UGUCCACUAUUCAUGAAUAUUUGCCAGCCAUCUUGCAUGUAAAUCGAUCUACAGCACGUGACGUCCUUUUGCUGGAAUGCCGAAGAAAUCCGAAACCUCUGGAGCUUCUGGAAGCAAAUCAUGAAAGUUAAAGCAGUUAAACUUGAAUAGUGAGGCACACGUGAACCUACGGUGCAUUCCUUUCACGUGCCGAGAUCUUCUGGGAAGUAUUUGAGAAAACAAUGAAGUGUGUUUCUUUUUUAUGCUCUCGCCAGCAUAAGGAGCAUCAAAAACAACGUCUGUAGCUUUUCAAAACCACCUAAAUUGUCAUGGACCUCCGACUUUUUGUAAAGAAACAGCUUUAUUGUAUCUCCAUUUCCUUCAUAAAUAGUCCUUGUUUCUUCACUGUAACUCCAUACAUUUGUCACUAGAACAGUCACCUAAAAUUCUUUCUAAUCCAUUGUUAUAGAAUAAAAGAUUAGUGUAUGAGCCACAACCUCUCGUUAUUAAUAUACUGAUUUAGUUAGGGAGGGAAUAAAGAGGCAUGAGAAAGGAAUGAAGAAUAAUAACAUUUCUUCAUAUGAAGUAUGCGUCUGUUUAACACGCCUCAGUCACACCAAGAGGAGGGACAUCUCACGUUUAUAGCCAGGUUGUGGUAUAACCUGUGUGGCAGACACGUCGGUCAUAAUCGCUCAUGAUCUGCUCAAACAGUUUCUGGUUUUAGUCGUUUAAUGACACUUUCUUGACUCUCUUUAUUCACUGUACUACUCCUGGAUCUUGAUUUUCUUCGGUUUGGCAUAAUGGAGUUUUGUUGUAUGACGAGUGAAGAGCGUGAAGCUCAGAGAAUCCACCAAGAGAUCGAAAGACAGAUCAGGAUGUCCAGAAAACAAGAGGAUAAGCAGGUGAAGCUGUUACUUUUAGGUACAGGCGAGAGUGGGAAAAGCACCUUCAUCAAGCAGAUGAGGAUAAUUUAUGGAAAAGGCUACUCAGAGGAUGACAGGAAGACCUUCACCAGGCCCAUCUUCGAGAAUAUAUUUGUUGCAGUGCAAGCCAUGAUCGAAGCCAUGAAUACAUUACAGAUCACGUUCAAAAAUGAAAACAAUUCUAGUUAUGCUGAGAUGCUGCUUAGUGUAACUCCAGAACAAAUGACCUCUAUGGAUAAGCAUUACGCCGAGGCUAUAUGCAGUGUAUGGCAAGAUCCCAGAAUGAAGCUGUGCUACGAUCGCAGGAGAGAGUACCAGCUAUCUGAUUCAGCCCAAUAUUACCUGGAUGAUAUUGAUCGAAUAUCAGCUCAGAAUUAUAUUCCAUCUGAGCAGGAUAUCCUCCGAGUCCGGGUUCGCACCACUGGAGUCAUUGAGUACCCUUUUACCAUUAGCAAUGUUGUAUUCAGGAUGGUUGAUGUAGGAGGGCAGAGGUCAGAGAGAAAGAAAUGGAUCCACUGUUUUGAAAAUGUGACUUCUAUUAUUUUUCUGGUGGCACUGAACGAGUAUGACCAGGUCCUGUAUGAGAGUGCAAAUGAGAAUCGCAUGGACGAGAGUAAGGCGCUCUUUAAGACCAUCAUUGGCUACCCGUAUUUCCAAAGGACCUCCAUCAUUAUCUUUUUCAACAAGACGGAUCUCCUUGAAGAGAAAAUCACCAAGUCCAAACUCGCUGACUACUAUCCUGAAUACGAUGGCCCAGAGAAUGAUGCAAAAGCCGCAAUGAAGUUCAUCCGGAAAAUGUUUGAAGAUCUGAACUCUGAAGAGGCAGGCAUGCGUCUGUACUCACAUUUCACUUGCGCCACAGACACGAACAAUAUCCGUUUAAUCUUUUCAGCUGUGAAGGACACUAUCAUGAGAAUGAAUUUUGAGGACUUUAGCUUACUUUAAAACAGCAGCUGUGUUUUUUUUAUUUUUGAUAUUCACAUUAUUUAUUGACUAGGUACUUUUAUUAGGAUGUCACAUUCCUUUACAGUUGAGUCACUUCACAGUCAAUUAGAGUAUACUAAUUGAUUGCUCCAAAUGAAGGCUACUUAAAUGUGCACAUUUUUUAAAACAUUAAAUGCAACCAAAUGCCAUAUUAAUAUUUUGUGAUUUAGCAAGAAAUUUGAAAACUGUUAAGGUUGUAUUUCGGAACACAUCCACCAGGUGGCAGCACUGUAUUUGAUAGUGAUUCAGUCGACACUUUUAGCUUCUAAUCAACUAACUAUUAUUAUUAUUAGUAGUUGUUGGCAAUAUAAUUUCUUUGGCUUCCUUCAAAGAUAAUAUAAUAUUAAUAAAUUCCAGUCCUAGUUAAACACAGAAAAACAGUAACCGGUCACAUAAUACACAAACUGGCAGUGAGUUGUUUAGAAGCCAAAAGAGUCGAUUCUUACUGGUGAGCUCUAUUCAAGUGAUCAGAUUAACCCAAACGAGUUCCUAUUUUCUAGUCACCACAUAUGAAUUUUGGACAACUGUUUUGUCCAUCUAGUAAUUUUUCAACCCAGCAUUUUUUUUUAAAGAGGUGAUUUAAAGAGCAGACUCAUUUACAAUAUUAAUAGCACCUACAGCUCCUUUGUCCAUGGUCUGUGCUGUUAGAAUUGGUAUAGCGUAUAAGUUGGAGACAAUUUUUUUUUCCAUAUGAAUGACUAAAACCAAUAUAGAUAACUUAUUUAGUAUUUUUUGUGCAAAGAUAAGCACAAAUGUUAUGUAUGCACUACACUUUCUCACUGUUAUACAGUUGCUAGUAAGGUACAUAUCUAUUUAGUUGACCAAAUGACUUGUGUAUUCUACCAUUAAAAAUAGUAUAGUUACAAUCACACUGACCUUUGAUGUGAAAAACAAUUGUUUUUGCCAAUUUUAGGAUUAGAAGAUGGAAGUCAGAUAUAAUCCAGAACAUGAUACAAUAUUAAGCAUACAUUAUAUGGACACCUGACUUUUCCGGCCUGUUGCCAAAAGCUGAAGAUACACAAUUGUAUAGGAUGUCUUUGGAUAUCUAGGAGACCCAAACCUGGUUCAGCAAUGCCCUUGUGCACAAAGUCAGCUCCAUGAAGAUAUGCUUUACAUGGGUCGGAGUAAAAGCUCUUGAGUGAUCUUCUAUUGAGCUCUGAACUCAACCCUAUUGAACACCUUUGGGAUUAAUUGGUUGAUACUGAUUGUACACCAAGCCUCUUUACCUCACCUUCAUCAGUACCUGACCUUUUUCACCCUUGUGGCUAAAUAAGCACAAAUCUCCACAAAAUGUAGUGGAACAUCUUCCCAGACAUCUGAAGGAUAUUAUAACAGUAACUGGCGACUAAAUUUGGAAUAAGAUAUUCAAAAAGCACAUAAAAAUCAUAUGGUCAAUUGUCCACAAACUUUUGUCGAUAUUGUGUAUAUCUAUUUAGACAGCUAUACACAUUGGAUCUUUUUUGUCAUAUGAUAUUCUGUAGAAAGACAUGCUGCUGCAGGUUUUGAACCAAGUUUUUAAUGUUAAAUUGUAUGUUGUAUGUAUUACACACUAUUAAAUGUUACAAGUGUAAAUAAGUCUACCUCCUGACAACGUAGAAUUAUAUGGUUCCUGUUAGAUUCCAUAUUGUUGUAAAUAAGUUAUUAUGUAUAGAUUUUUAGGAUAUAUUAAAUAAAAAUAUAUGAGGAGAAAAGUAAUGGAACCUUAUCUUAUUUGUGAAGCAUGCUGGUGGGUGCAUCAUUGUUUGCAGCUACGUUGCAUUAUGGCUCAAUGUUUUAAGUUCAGAUAAUGAAAAUUCACAGUGAUAUAACUAUAGGUUCAAUCCAACUUUCCAAGAGGAUUUUGUGUAUUUAAAAAAUAUAGUACAUAGAAAAUGGCAGAAGGUUUAA